AUGAAAUUUUUUGAGCCGCAAGGAAAGGUGUCGCUAAAGGUGCUGAUGGAGGCAAGGAGAAACGUCGCUGAGCAAACUAGUGAUACAGGGGUGUCGAUAUGCCAGAUGUUGAGCCGCGCGCCGAGAUUAAUAAAGAGUCGCUCGAUAUUAAAAAGCGUAAUCGGGAGAACAGCCGAGGUGAAUAUGCGGAAGAAAUUCCAUCCCUCUGCUCGACGGACACCGGGCGAAGGCCGUGGUACUCUGGCGAUGGCGAGCGUGUCGGCUGGAGGCGAGGGGCGUCGUCACGGGAAAAAGCAACCAUGGCCACCGUGGGCGGUCGUUGAGGGUGCGAGAAGUGGCUAUCGUCGCUUCGGCGGCGGCGGCGGCGGCUUGGGCGUGCCCGUGGUAUCCAGCACCGAGGACGGUGUCGCGUCAGAGCAGGCUACAGACGCAGUGCGCAGAGCUGGGCAGCUGUGUGCGAGGCGCGACAGCGGCGAAAGCGGCCAGACAGCUGGGGCUGUGGUGACAAAGCGAGCAGCACAAGUCUCGUGUUGGUGGAGCGGUGGCAGGCGAGGUCGUGAGCGGCAGAGAGUGCUACAGCCGGGCAGCCUCUUGCGAGAGUGUUGGGCAGGGAGGAGAGAGGGAGAGAGGGAGAUGCAGAGUGUGGAUAGGGAGGAAUGCGAGAGCUGCCGUGGGCGCGGCGGGGAUAUAUGCCGCAGCCUGCGGAGGCCGCUGACGGCGGUGAUGCCGCGCGAGAAUGGCCGCCGUGGCCAGACGACGAGCCUGCGUCUCCUGCGUCUCCUGCGUCUCCUGCGCCUCCUGCGCGGCCUCCCCAGGCCGCAAUCCGCCCUGUUUGACUCGCCAGAAGGGCCAGGGAAGCGCCUCCAGCCUGCGGAUGCCUUCCCCGUCGGGCCCACUCCAGCUGCCUGCCUGCGUCCCGCUGUGCCGACCCGCGGCCUUUGCCCGUCGCAUCGACGUCCUCCGUCGUCGCCGCGCGCUCCAGCACCCUAUUGUAAUGCCACCGCUGGCGGACGCAGACCGAUUCCCCGUUGCGAUGGCGAUGGCACGGCGGCGCUGAGGCCUCCACGACGACUCUCGCACGCUCAGGAGGCUCACCGGCGGCACAAUUCCGUGAAUUACUCGCGCCGCGUUAAUGGCUUCGCUUGA